UAUCGCGUCACGCCACGCGAAGUUCGGGACUGGCAGCGAGUUCCUGACUUCGGAUGGCAGCUCCCUUUUACCGCGACGAGUCGGUGAGCUCCAGACACCUGGAGACGGCGCCGAUGGACAAGAAAGGUGCGGCGAAUCGGCGGCAGCCUCAGGAGGCGUUGGCGGGUGGUGGCGGGGGCAGCAGCACCGGCGGCGGCGGCUCUGAUUCCGCUCUGCUCACGCUACCUUCGCCGGAAUCCGUUUCCCAGGCCGACAGGCCCGUUACCAGGCGGGAGCCCGAGGGCCUUGUCCAUCCACUUGUGAAAGGUAGAAGAUUCUUGCUGGGAAGCAGAGAUGAGAUUGAAAAUCCACAUCCUUAUUCAUUGCAGGAUUUGACCAAACAGAACCAACACCUGGUCCUGGCAGGAGCCCCAUGUCCAGCCCAUACCUCCACUUCAGUUUAUCAUGGAAGUCUGCAUUUAGCCCAGUCGAAAGCAGAUUUCCCUGUCUAUACAAACCUUGGCAACUACAAUCCAGGCCUGCUCAAUGCAGGUUCUGAAAGUUAUCCCACUAGCCAUGCACCCUAUGCUGGCCCAGCACCAGCACAGCAUCACUUCUCAGCCUUGGCACAGUUUAUGUGUCCUAAGUAUCAAGAAGAGCCCCAGACAGUGCCAGAAGUAGGCCCAAUAAGUGAAUCUCCACCACUCUCCCCAUUAGAAGAUGGGUCACAGCAUAUCAGAGCUGAAAAGAAGAGACAGAGAAAUCGCAUUGCAGCAUCAAAUUGUCGAAGAAGGAAGUUAGAGAGAAUUGCGAGACUUGAAGAUAAAGUAAAGACCCUAAAAUCAGAGAAUUUUGAAUUGAACUCAACAGCAAGUGUCUUACGUGAGCAAGUGGUACACCUCAAACAUAAAGUAAUGAAUCAUCUCAAUAAUGGAUGUCAGGUGGUUCUUGCAUCCUCUAGCCUCCUAAAGCCAGAGGAAAAUGGCAGCAUUUAAUAUAAGUAUAGCCUGGUCAAAAAUUUAGUUCUGUGGAGAAUUGCUGAAUUGGAUGCUCAUCUUGACUUGCAUUUCCAGUAAGCUGCUAAAUAUAAUAAGUUAUUCUGUGGGAAGCAACUUCAAAUCUUGAAGAAAAAAAUGAAAAGAAUUAUCUGCCAUCCAAUGUAUCUUCUGUUGACUCAUGAAAGCCUAGUAGAAAUAUCAAUAACAUUGUUUUCUGAAAGUUUGUGUAAACUUAUUAUUCUUUUGCAGUUUAAGGGAAGGUUUAUGCUGUUUAUUUAAAGUGAAAGAAUUAGUUUUAAAUUUGUUCUAAGUGGAAAUCCAGAAGGCUUAAUUUUAAGGAUUUAUAAUGUUUUUUAAGAAUAGUUUUGAUAUGCUGUAUUUUUGUGCAAAUCACAGAAGUUUAAUAUCCUAUUAAAUACACUGGAUGAUAAUGUUUUAAUUGUGGUAAAUCACAUUAUGAUUUAUUGCUCAUUAAAAUUUUAGAUGCUCAAUUUAUUUGUGAUACUUUAUGCUUUAAGAUCUUAAAUAUUGUUUCAAUUUGUUUUGGUUAAGUAUAUUAGAGGAGUUUUGCAUCUGUAAGUACUGUAUGUUGCUCAUUGGUGUUAAAAUAGUACGUUGCUCAAACAGGACCAGAGUCCAACAGCAUUUCUUGUAGAACACAUCUUUUUUUUCUUCUUGGUAUUAGAUGUGGUUGAUUGCCUCAUUCUAGGUUGAGGCUUCAAUCAUAGUAUUGAUACAGGACUUAAAAGUUCUUAUGAAGCCUGCAUUGUCUAAGGCAGGGCUGGUGAACCUAUAUGCCCAAGAUGGCAUGCAUAAAAAGUAGUGCUGCUCCUUGAUUUUAUAAAAUCAUCCAUAAUAAAAUAAUAUAUAACGAUUAACCUCCUCUGCAAAAUGAAGCAGCGAAUCAUUUUUUUUUUACAACCUGAAAGCUAGUGAGGCAUUUUCACAGGAAAUAUCUCAUCAGCUUGGUGCCAGCAAACAGUUGACAAUGAAUCUACAUAAGGAACAAGAUUUAUCCUUGUUCCUUAAAGUCUAAAACUAUAAUUAAUUCAUUAGAUAAUCCCUGCUCAAAAUUACCAAGGUACUCAAGGGAAUUUUUCAAAAGAUUGUUUAUUUGGGCACAUGCUCUCAAAGGUUCACCACCCUCUGAGGAUUGAGGUACUAAUACAAAGCUCUUUCUGCAUUGUGCCUUGACAUUUUGUGGAUACUAUGCAAAUUGGAUGGAUUUCACCAUGUCCCUGUCAACAUUUUAAAACUAAUGACUUGGUUAUUUAUUUCAUUAUUUGUUGGAAUUUGCUGCAUGUUUCAUUUAAUUGUGAUACAUUUUCAUAGUACUUGUGCAUAGAAAGGACACACAUCCUGUGAUUGUGGAAGGUGCUAUAGAGAUGCAGGUUCUUUCUCUAGUUAUCCUUGCUUUGUUCUUCAGCUGUUGUACAUACAUAACCUUUAUACUUAUAAUUUUAUUUGUUCAAGGGUGGUAUUUGCUACUUCAAGAAAAACCUAAAUGUCUGGAUAGUGUAGUGUUUCUGGUAGGAUAACAACUUCAAUCAUUUAAUUGAUAAUCUAUUGAAAGCUGUUCCCUUUGAGGAAAAAAUAUGUAUCAGAUAUGAAAAAGCAUCAUAAAGGCAGGAGUAAUUGCUUAUUUUGCCUACUUAAACUAUGCACUAGCCUCCCAGGCAUCGGAUUAACAUUUGGAAAGGCAAAAGAAAGGCUUUUGAUACGUUCAGAUUUUCUGGUAAAUUCUAAUAAAUAGUUUUACUAAA